CACUUCCAUUUGGACCCUUCAGUGCACACUGAACAGGCACAUGAGAGCUGCAAGUGAUCAUCAGAUCAUAGCAGAAGCAUAAGGCCUUUCCUUUGUUUGGAGAGAAGAUCGCUCAUAUGCUGUGGAAAUGAACGGGGAGCAGCAGCUUGAUGCAGACACUGGGUCUGGUGUUGAAGAAGUGGAGUUAAGCUGGGAAGAUUACCUAGAAGACACAGGGUCCACAGCAGUUCCUUAUGGGUCUUUUAAACACGUGGAUACACGUCUGCAGAAUGGAUUUGCUCCUGGGAUGAAACUGGAGGUGGCUGUGAAGGCAGAUUCUGAAACCUACUGGGUCGCCACUAUCAUUACUGCCUGUGAGCAGCUGCUCCUUCUCCGUUACGAUGGCUAUGGGGAGGACCGGAGAGCAGACUUUUGGUGUGACAUCAGGAAGACGGAUCUCUACCCCAUCGGGUGGUGUGAACAGAAUAAGAAGACCCUUGCAGCCCCAGAAGGCAUCAGAGACAAAGUGUCUGACUGGGAUGAGUUUCUGCGGCAGACCCUGUUGGGAGCGUGCAGUCCUCCUGUCCCGCUGCUAGAGGGCCUUCGAAAUGGGAAGAAUCCUUUAGACCUUAUUGCUCCAGGUUCCAGGCUAGAAUGCCAAGCUUUUCAAGACUCUUUAAGCACUUGGAUUGUUACUGUAGUAGAGAACAUUGGGGGAAGACUGAAGCUGCAGUAUGAAGGACUUGAAAGUUCUGACAGUUUUGAACAUUGGUUGUAUUACCUGGAUCCCUUUCUUCAUCACGUUGGUUGGGCCACUCAACAGGGAUAUGAACUCCAGCCCCCAUCAGCCAUCAGACAUCUAAAAAAUGAAGCUGAGUGGCAAGAGAUUUUGGCCAAAGUGAAAGAGGAGGAAGAGCCGUUACCAUCUUACUUAUUUAAGGACAAACAAGUGAUUGGCACCCAUACUUUCUCUGUAAAUAUGAAAUUGGAAGCUGUGGACCCCUGCUCUCCUUUUGGGAUCUCACCUGCUACAGUUACUAAGGUUUUUGAUGAGAAGUACUUUCUGGUGGAAAUGGAUGAUCUGCGACCAGAGAACCACGCACGGCGUUCUUUUGUGUGCCACGCCGACAGUCCUGGGAUUUUCCCGGUACAGUGGAGUUUGAAGAAUGGUUUGCACAUCAGCCCCCCUCCAGGCUACCCGAGCCAGGACUUUGAUUGGGCCGACUACCUCAAACAGUGUGGUGCUGAAGCUGCCCCCCAGAGGUGCUUCCCUUUGUCAAUUUCCGAACAUGAAUUUAAAGAGAGCAUGAAGCUCGAGGCAGUGAACCCUCUUCUCCGGGAAGAAGUGUGCAUUGCUACUAUCACUGCAGUGAGAGGUUCCUACCUGUGGCUCCAGCUGGAAGGUUCCAAGAAGCCUAUUCCUGAAUAUAUUGUGAGUGUGGAAUCCAUGGAUAUAUUUCCUUUGGGCUGGUGUGAAACCAAUGGCCACCCUCUCAGUGCCCCUCGCCGAGCACUAGUGUGUAAGCAGAGAAAAAUUGCAGUAGUUCAACCAGAAAAACAAAUACCAUCCUCGAGGGCUGUCCAUGAGGGACUGAAGAAUCAGGAGCUGAACACCACAGACUCAGUUAUGAUUAAUGGAAAAUACUGCUGUCCAAAGAUAUACUUCAACCACCGUUGCUUCUCAGGGCCAUACCUUAACAAAGGAAGAAUCGCUGAGCUGCCUCAGUGUGUGGGGCCUGGCAACUGUGUUCUAGUUCUCAGAGAGGUCCUCACUUUGCUCAUCAAUGCAGCCUACAAGCCUAGUCGCGUCCUUCGUGAGCUCCAGCUGGACAAGGACUCUGUGUGGCACGGAUGUGGGGAAGUCCUAAAAGCCAAAUAUAAAGGAAAGAGCUAUAGGGCCACUGUUGAGAUUGUGAAAACAGCCGAUAGAGUGACUGAAUUCUGCCGACAAACUUGCAUCAAACUGGAAUGCUGUCCUAACCUCUUUGGCCCACGGAUGGUUCUAGAUAAAUGUUCUGAGAACUGCUCUGUGCUUACAAAGACCAAAUACACCCACUAUUACGGAAAGAAGAAAAAUAAAAGAAUUGGGAGGCCGCCUGGUGGGCAUAGUAACUUAGCAUGUGUUCUGAAAAAAGCCAGUAAGAGGAGAAAGAGACGGAAAAAUGUUUUUGUUCAUAAGAAGAAACACUCUUCUACAUCUGUCGAUAACACGCCAGCAGGCUCACCCCAGGGAAGUGGGGGUGAAGAUGAGGAUGACCCCGAUGAAGGGGAUGACGAUUCCCUCAGUGAGGGAAGUAUGUCUGAGCAGCAGGACGAGCUCCAGGAAGAGUCGGAGACGUCAGAGAAGAAGUCGGGCUCCUCCUCACCCACCCAGAGCGAGGUGUCCACGUCGCUGCCACCAGACAGGGAACGGAGGAAACGGGAGCACCGCACAUUUUCAUUUUCCGACGAUGAGAAUAAACCUCCUUCACCAAAGGAAAUAAGACUUGAAGUUGCCGAAAGGCUUCACCUGGACAGUAACCCCCUGAAGUGGAGUGUGGCGGACGUUGUGCGGUUCAUCAGAUCUACUGACUGUGCUCCACUUGCAAGAAUAUUCCUAGACCAGGAAAUUGAUGGGCAGGCCCUGUUGCUCCUUACCCUUCCCACUGUUCAAGAGUGCAUGGACUUAAAACUGGGCCCUGCCAUCAAACUUUGCCAUCAUAUAGAGAGGAUCAAGUUUGCUUUUUAUGAGCAGUUUGCCAACUGAGCAGGACAACCAAAGUGAACUGGAUCUUUGAAGCACAAAUGCAGCGAAUCUCGCCCGCUCUGGAAGUGGCUCUGACCCAGUCCCCGCGCCCUGGGCCCUGUGGGUGUCGCUUGCUCUUUUUGCACUUUCAGGGAAGGACGAUCCACACCAAGGAAGCCAGAACUACGCCCUGCAGUGGCUCUUGGGCAAGGGCAGACUGGCUUUCUCACUCAGCAGAUUGUAGAUCUGAAAAAAGAAAGACUUUGAAGAAUAGACUCCUGCAAGAAUACUAAACCUUCCAGUGAUGUGGCCUGAAGACAAGGAAGAUCAAGGCUCCUGAGAACCACCCGUUCGGUUGUUCUCUUUUCAUGCUGUUUCUUCCCAUUGUAGAUUGAACUUUGUUCUUGGUUUUCUCUUUCUUGGAAAGGGAGGCCGUAGCUUUAAGAUGCACUGAUUUGGGACUGUGCCAAAGGCACAUCAGUGCUUCGCUGUCAUUGUGUUUUUAAGCUUUUUUAAAUUAAAACUGUUCAUUGUGGGGAUGA